AUGCUUCAAUCGCAUUCGCAAAGGAAGUUGUGUCACAAAUACAGCCAGCGCAUAGGUAGUCAGCCGUGUCGACUCAUGACAGAGCUUCCUAAUUCUCUGCGUCCUAUCCCCGCCAUGACUGCUUUUUCCUGCAUACAGCGGAGCUGGACUUGCUCCGAUCUCGGUCGCACUAGGCCCGCAGACCCGACCUCCCGCGAUAAGAUCACAACGACCACCGAAGGAAGCACCGAGGACUUCUCCCAGAUGGCGUCCUGUCAUCGACCGCUGGCAGCGUCAGCUCAGCACGCAUGUUAUCAUUCCAUCCCUCGCGGUCCGCGGGACCUCGUGCAUGUACGACCGACACUCGAGAUCAAGAUUAACCCUGGACUCAUGCCGAGACACCCGUCUCUCUAUGUCUCCGCCCGCCUGACAGGAGGGAUGGAAACCUGCAAUUUCGCAAAGCACAAUGCCACUUUGCCUCAGCUGAAAAUACCCCCGACAUUUGUCUUCGUCCCCGUCAGAUCUUGGCCCGUUUGUCUCAGUCGCAUCUCACUACGUCUCAAUUUUUUGGACCUCUUCAGCCCUAUCCCAAGAGGUUUCCCUUCCGACUUCCAAGCUUUCCAUACCGCAUCCUUCCCAGUUUCCCCAUCCAGAAAAAGGCGGGAGUUUGCGGUUACGGUCGAUCGGGAUAGUCGGUCAAGUGUCUCACUCCUCCACAGCAGAGACAUAGGUAUCAUAAUUCGGCCCUGUCGUCUGUCGGCCGUCAUCCUUCCGGGCCUUCCUAUGUAUGUACCUGCAACCACGGGGAGGAUCUUCACUGCUGUUGUCCGAUCCAACUCUGCGUACAUCAGUUUUACGGAUAGACAUCAUGAUAAUGACGACGAUGAUGAUAACGCACCUUCGCCUAUGACUCACCAAGUCCGAAAGGCGGGCAGGCUAUGA